UGAUCGGUCUCUAGAGGACCCGGGUCCCCCCUCUCUCUCGUGUUCUGGUUCCUCCUCCGGUGCGUCUCUGCUGCUCUGCUGGACUUGGAGAACUUCCCCUCAGACGCUCCGCGGGGCGCGUCCUGGAGGAUCACAACCUGUUUGCAUUGAGACCAGGACCGGGUCUCCUGGAGCCGGUCUCAUGGAUAACCCGGGUUGGUUCUGGACCGUGCUCGUGCUCGUGCUCGUGGUGUCUCAGUGCGCGUGCCAGCAGACCCACUACCUGGUCCGUCCCGUCCCCAGCGACACCCUGCCGGUCCUGGACCUGCAGGAGGAUCCGGACCCGCUGCUUGACCCGCAGGACCAGGACCUGAACCAGACGGAGCUCCGCAGCCUGCUGGGGGGGUUUGACCCGCUGGCCAUGUCCCUGUCCCCUCCGGAGGACUCGGGGACCACAGAGGACCUGGAGGACUCCGGACCGGAACCAACCCCCAGAGACCUCCUCCGGGUCCUGGAGCUCCGGGUCCUGCAGUCUGAGGUCCAGCCCGGUCCCGGUCCCGGUCCCGGUAGGAGGCUGCUGCGGCGGCUGCAGGUUCUGCUCCGGUCCGGUACCGGUACCGGGUCCGGUACCGGGUCCUGGACCGGCUGCGCGCUGCGGGAGUCCUGGACCGACCUGGGGAUCCGGUUCUGGCCUCGCUACCUGAAGGUGGGCAGCUGCUCCAGGAUCAGGUCCUGCUCGGUCCCUGAGGGGAUGUUCUGCAGACCCAGCAGGUCCCGGUACCGGACCGUGCUGCGCUGGAGCUGCACGAGGAGGAGGAGGGGGAGGGGGGGUCUGAAGGGUCUGAGGUGCAACUGGAUCCGGAUCCACUACCCGGUCAUCACCCAGUGCACCUGCUCCUGCAGAGACACCUGA